AUGGCCGCAAGCUGGCUCACACUUCCUGUGCAAUUGACCGGGAGUCGCGAGUUCACUUGCGAUGGCUUCACCGCGGAACAAUGCGAAUACUACAUGCGUCGGUGGCAUUUCUGGUACAUUGCGGACUACUUCUACGCUUUGCCAACGGUAGCCUUUUUCAUGUGUACCCUGGGGAUCUUUAUCAUCGGGCACGUAUCAUCGCAACUACUAGGAUAUCGAAAGUUUCGCGGUCCUCGUUUAUGGCAGAAAUGCAUCGCCAUGAUCCGAUACUUAUCGUAUCGUGGCUUUCACAUCAAGUCACUGCAGUGGAACUCGGCACCCGUAGGGAUUUUGCUGCUCGGUGCGGCUGGGGCUGUGUAUUUCUUUUGCAUGGACCUCAUUCCCCAGCCAUACUACUGGCCAAGUCUCGAUUUUGGCGGUUCUCCCCCAUUGGGAACCAGAUCGGGCUGGAUGGCGCUGGCGUGCAUGCCAUUUGUCUUUGCGACUGCCACGAAGACGAGCUGGAUCACAUUUUUUACCGGUGUUUCGCAUGAGAAGCUCCAGGUGUUUCACCGAUGGAUCUCCUAUGCCUUUUUCGUUCUUGCACUGAUGCACACCUUUCCGUUUAUCGUCUACCAUAUAAGAUUUCAUGACAUGAUGAUGGAAGUGGAGAUGGGCCUCCUCUUCUACUGGACAGGCAUUGUCGCCCUCGUCUUCCAGGCCUGGCUUACUUUUGCAUCUCACAGUGUAAUCCGAAAACUCGGCUACGAGAUUUUCAAGUCAACACACUUUUUCGCUGCGGCCAUGUUCGUUCUAAUCUUCUUUUGGCACUGUGACUAUACUCUCACCUCUUGGCACUACUUUAUAGCAACGGCAGCUGUAUAUGUACCUUGUUUCGCCCACUCCUGGCUACGCACCUGCUUCGAGCACGGGAUCCGACAAACAGCCCAGAUAUGCGUGGAGGACAAUGGCUUUACCCGCAUCACAAUCCCCGUGAAUUCUACCUGGAGACCCGGACAACACUGCUUCCUCCGCUUCACGAGCUUCGGCCUUUUACGCGCGCUCUCGGCACACCCGUUCACCAUCUCCUCCCUGCCAUCAACAAAUCCAGGUGUCCAGUCGCAACUCGUCUUCUACAUCCGUCAUCAAAGUGGUUUUACCGCGCAGCUUUACGAACACGCCUUGAAACACCCGAAUGCCACGGUCCCUGUGCUGAUCGACGGUCCAUGCGGAGGCAUUAACAUGCAGCCCUACGCGCACAGCAAUCAUCUCCUCGUGAUCGCAGGAGGCUCGGGCGUUGGCUGGACACUGCCGUUCAUCGAGCAAUUCAUCGCGUACCACUCCACACCCGCCGACGAAGAAUGCGGCCGAGCUGUAGAAGUCGACAGCGAGAAGGAAGCGGGUGAUAGCAGGCCACAUCGUGCAUGCAGAAAGUCAGGACCCAGCUCGCUGCGGCUCAUUCUGGCGACAAGAGAUGUUAGCAGCAAGAUUUGUUAUACUCGAGCUGUCUGCAAUUUGUUGGCAGAGCACGCGGGGAUAAACUCGCUGUCUAACCUCCAUAUCCAGGUACACUUGACUGGUGAGACCAUACAAGACAUCGAAUCUAUCAACAUGAUUCAAGACCCUUCUUCCUCUUCAAAAGAGCAGACGUUGCCAGAGAAAAAUAGUGAUCUCAGAAACCAAGCAGAAAUCCCCAUGGCUGUGGACGAGUGCAAAGGCCGUCCACAGCUCCCUUCGAUCGUUCGAGAAGCGGCAGGGGUAGUGAAAGCAAGUGAGUCGCUUGGCGUAUAUGUCUGCGGCCCGACGACUAUGCAGAAUGAUGUUCGCAAUGCAGUUGCAGACGUCAAUUUGAACAUUCUUAAAGGGUCGAAGUCUGGGGGGGCUUAUUUGCAUUGUGAACAUUUUUCUUGGGCAUAG